AUGAAGUCGGCCAAGCUCGCACCGGCCGAGGCCUCAUCGCAUCGCAGGUCACAACCCGUUCGACAGACUCGCACGAAUCCCCCACGAAGCUCCAUCAAUGCCGGCCGUGUGGGCACCAGAGAGCCGCCCGCCUCUCGCCCAGUCGGCGACCAGCCCAUCGACAUCUUCCCUGCGAUAACGCAUUUUGCGGAUACAAUGACUGCUCUUCCGAAAGAACUGGUCCGUCACUUUACACUACUGAAAGAGGUUGACGCCAAGGUUUUCGCUCCUCAAGAGCAACUCUUCAAGCUCGUCUCUGCCGCGAGGCAGUCCUCUCGUCCCAGCCCUCAAGCCCAGAUUGAAGCUGCCACCUCUUCUGUGCUGACUUUCGCCACAACGAGUGCCCAAGGGAGCUCUACUGGCGCCGCUCAAACCAGCUCUCUGGCCCCAGCCUCGCCCGACGAGCCCAGCACCACUGCCGGUGUUUUUGACCCUUCCAAUAUUCCGAGACGACAGAUUUUCCGCCAAGCAGCUUUCAAAAUACAGGAAAUGCUUGUGUCGCUUGAAGAAAAGAACCACGUCAUCUCGACCGCCAAUGAGGCUCUCCAGCACCAGCUGGCUCGCGUCGAGGAUGUCUGGCCCUACCUCGAAAACGAGUUCAGCAACGAGGCGAAAUGGGGCAGCGCAACGCACUGGGCGUAUCCCGAGAAUCGGGGAGGCAAGUCCAGUUUCGAGCGAGCUCGGCGCGAUGGCGCCGCUGCGAUUUCCGCCGCUGCUCAAGCUUUGGCCGACGAGGCUGCGGCUCGGAGUGACGCCAGAAAGCAAGCUGUCCAAGCCAAGAAGAAUAUGAGAAAUGCCAAUCAUGGCACAGAGCUGGACGGCCCACGCGAAAAGAAGCCUUCCAGCAAGGCUAGAAAAGCUGAAGACGGUGAUCACGUUGGCCUCGGUAUCCCUGGUCCCACAAAUGGGAAUCCUUCAAAGAGGCGCAAGACGGAAAAGGCUGCUAUCGGAGGUAUUCCUAUGGAGAGAACAAUCAGCUCUGCACUUGGAAGCACGGCUUCCAAAGCCAAAGCCGGUAGCCCCCGAGGAACUCCUGCUCCCGAGGGAGCCAAAAAGCGUCGCGCUCUACCAACAGGAAGCGCGCCGAACAAGAAAAAGCCCGCUACUUCUGCCAAGACCUCGUCCACGACAUCCUCGCCGGUUGUUCACACCAUCGCAGAACCAAUGACUGGGGCAUCACCAGCACCAACAAGCGCGCCUCGACCUGCAUCCUCUCGAGCCCGCCAAAACUCCAUCAACUCUACCUCGGAGAACGGCAAAGCUCGACGCCCAUCUGUCACAUCAAGGGUCGCAAAUGGCAGCAUUGCGGACAAGCCAGAUGCCGCUACCGAGAAGGCUACCACCAUAACUGAAGUUCCUUUGCCCAUCAAGAGCGAGCCUAGCAAGAAGGACAGCGACAAGCACGACAAACAGGAUAGUAUUCCUACAGCUGCUCCCCCCGCUGCUCCCAAGAAAGAGUCCAGAGUGGAACCUCCUGAGAUUAAGGCCGAGUCAGCACCAUCACUACCGCAGCCUGCCACUGUUACCACCAAGAGCGGCAGAGCAAGCAAACCGUCGACGCCAGCGCUCGCGACAUUCCAGGAUGCCGCCGCUGCGCGAGCUUCGAGGGCGCGAAACGAGGGCGCUAAGAAGUCUCAUCGCAAGGGCAGCACAACCCUUCUCGUUGCACAACAGGCCGCCGACGAUGACGCAACCAGCAGCAUGCAAGAGGAGGACGAAGGCGAUAUUGAUGGUGAUGAGCCAACUUAUUGCUACUGCAAUAGUGUUAGCUAUGGCGAAAUGGUGGCCUGUGACUCGGAUGACUGCACUCGAGAAUGGUUCCAUUUGGAUUGUGUCGGCCUCAAGGUCGCACCCGGUUCUAAAAACUGCAAAGAACGACUCAGAUUGGCCGGUAAAAAAGUUAGCACUCGAUAG